AUGCAAAGAAAGCCGGUGCUGCUAUUCGCAGAGGCAGAAAAUCAGACGGUAAAAAGCCAUCCCGGAAAAGCCUCUUCCCGUCCUCAUUUUCAUCGAGCUCGGUUACCAACCUCCUCGCCUUGGGAUCUCCUGCCUGUCGAAAUCCAAAUCAAGAUUUUCGCUCAAUGUGGUAUCAAAGACCUGCUGCAGCUCAAACUUGUUUGCAGGGCCUUCUGUCAAAUCCUCACGUUUCAUGAACAACUGAUCGCACGUCAAUACCUUCGCCAGCGCCGUCAUGGAACGCUGCCAUCUCCCAUCGACAGUGAGAGAACAUAUACUCGAAAUCCCGAAGACGAUGUCGUGCUUCUGUCCGACCUCUUCCCUCCUGCCAAAAGUGCCAAGGGCGGUCACUUGUACACUUUCCGGUAUAUGCAUAGCUUGCGACGACGGCAAAAGCUGUGUUCUAAGCUUUGCUACUACCUCGCGGACCGCGUCAUGGAUCGAUUCGUGCACUGCGAGCCAGCUUUCGUCAAGGCCAUGUUUCCAUCCAAGAAUGAGCGCAAUGAGUUCCUGAAACGUGCGAAGUCCAGGCUAUGGUUCAACCUCAUACCACUUAUGUACUACACGCUAUACUUCCUGGAGGCUUACAGUCUUGCCCGCCGUGACUUGAAAAAUGCACUGUUGCAAGACCUGGAAGCCGGACGAUUGCCCGUUCCUAUACCCCCGGACGUCCGUAAAUCCAUGUAUCGAGACUUACAGAUCAGAAUUAUUCGAUCCCCCCCGUUCACCAAUACUUCGACUCUGAUCUGUACGCACCAUUGCAUGCAGCUGCUCGUUUCAUACCUACGACAUACUGUGCCGCCCGAGGAGUCCGUGGCGGAUGACAGCUGGAUCGGCUCGCUGCUUACUGUGUCGCCGUUUCUUCGAAUUGUGGAAUACUUCUCCGCAGAGAUAGGUGACGGUGGCAGUCAGCGAAUGCAACGAAAGGACUUCAUGCAUAAUUUUCAUCAUGACUUGAUGCAGAACGAGAAAGACGAUAUCAACUCGUUGGUCCUCGAAAGCACACCAGUAUCACAUCUACAUUCAUCGGUGCAGGAUAUCUGGUUCGAUGUUGCGAGAGAGGAAUUGGCCUCCCGAGGAGCUGUUCCCCAUGACGCAGAGGAUAUCUGGGUCUGGAAUGGUGUCCCCGUGACACUAGGUUGUCAAGAUUGCCGGGAAGGCAGGGCCUGGCGUGCAUGA